UACAGAUCUGCAUGGUUUACGUGAGUCAGAUUUUCAGGUCGGAAAAUCCCUGAUAUGAUGAUAUUUUGGCUCCUACACUUUGGUCAACCUGGUUGUUUUUAUACUUACUUUAUAAAUAAAGUUGGAUUGAAAGAUCCUCUUCAGGAUUUUCUAUCAUGCUUCACGGUCUUCAUCAGCAGAAAGUUUGCUCACUUGUCACGGAGAUGUAUAAGCUGCACCAAAUAACUCCUCUGACUUUCUUCUUUCAGACCUGAUUCAGUUUUCUGCUCUCAGCUCAGAGGAUCCAGAGGACACAGUGACCUCCAUCAUGGCCACCACUGACCUGCUGCAGGACCUGAUGUUAGACGAUCCAGAGGACACAGAGACCUCCAUCAUGGCCACCACUGACCUGCUGCAGGACCUGAUGUUAGACGAUCCAGAGGACACAGAGACCUCCAUCAUGGCCUCUGCUGACCUGCUGCAGGACCUGAUGUUAGAGGAUCCAGAGGACACAGAGACCUCCAUCAUGGCCUCUGCUGACCUGCUGCAGGACCUGAUGUUAGACGAUCCAGAGGACACAGAGACCUCCAUCAUGGCCACCACUGACCUGCUGCUGGAGCUGAUGUUCUCCUGGAUCCAGCAGAGGGAGCUCUGUGCAGAGCAGCUGAAGAAACUGGCCCAGGAGCUGGAGUCUCUCAGGGAGAAAUGCAACGUCAGUGAAUGUGUUGGCAGCUCACUGUCGGUGGUUGGAGCUGCAUGUGCGAUCGGGGCCAUUUUGUUCCCCGGCAUAGCAGCCUCUCAACUUAUAAGUCAGUUGGGUUCAGCGUCCUCAGGUGUGGGUGUCCCCAUAUCUAUGUUGACUAAACUCACUGAGCACCUCUUAUCCAGUAGCACCAUGAAAGAGGCGCAGAAGAUAGAAGAGCAGAGCAACAAAGUUUCAGAUAAAAUCCAGACACUGUUCCAGCAGCUGAAAGCGGAGGUGAAGAGCAGGAGUCCCUCUGCAGACCCAGAUGAACUGGACCGAAACACCAUGACAGAGAUUCUGAGAGCCACGGGCCGACGCUGUGGGCUGAAGGGGGAGAUCAAUGUGCCACAGUUUUAUUUUGAUGCAGGACCAGGAUCCAUGGGGGUCAUCCAGAGCCCCCUGAAACGAUAUGCAGCGAUAGUUGGAAUUGCCAGUAUUUUAACAUUUUUCUCAUUUCAAGUUAGCGGGAAAAGAUGUAAAUCUUUGUUUGCUAAAGGAGCCAAACAUCUCAUCAAACAAAUGUCUACAAUUGGAUUCAGAACUGCUGUUAAAGGAGCCGUGGUUGUGGGAGGAGCUGUAGGACUGGGGUUUGCACUUUCUGAGGUGAUUGACAACUGGACAGACCUGAUCAAGAAUAAUCAUGUGACUGAAGCGAGCCAAUCACUGAGAGAUACAGCUGACGAACUUCUGAAGAUCAGCCAGACACUGAGGGAACAGUUUGACAACAUCAAGAAGAUGUUUGAGCAGAUGGCUACGGGUCAGCGAGAACAUGAGGAAAACAGGAAACAGAAGACUGAAACAGAUCAAAGACACGAGGACGAGCAGAGAAGUGGUCAAACUGAGCAGAGCAGAGACGAGCAAGAGGGAGGAAGUCAGGAAAAUGAGCUGACAGGAAGUGGGCAGCAGGGAGGGAGCGAUCAGGAGGAUGAGGAUGAAAGGGUUAAUGAAGGCGAUGAAACAGUGGAGGAGGAAGAGAGUGAAACAGAUGAAGAAAGCGAUCAGGAGGUUUUUAAUACAGAUGAUGAGACAGUGAAGAUUAAAUGGAAUCCUAACGAUGAUGAAACAAUGAUCAAGCGUAGAAAGAACUUUAUGAAGAACCCAGGACCUCCUGGAACUUUAAGGUUGGCGUUACUUAAUGUUCGAUCGUUGAACGCGAAAUCAAUGAACAAACUACAGAUGAUCUUAGACAUCAUAUUAGGGUUGACACUGGACGUCUUUCUCAUAACAGAGACGUGGUUAACACAAAGCAACGCAGCCACAGUCCUUUCUGACAUUUUACACAUUGCAGGCCUAAAUGCUCAUACUUUUGAAAGGGAUGGGAGAGGGGGAGGGGUGGCUAAUAUGUUCCUACAGAAUUUGCAUGGUAAACAAAUUAUUAUUAUCGAAGCACCCAUAACCUUUGAAUAUGUUGCCACAGAACUGAAACGUAAAGAGUGGACCGAGCCGCUCCUGAUGAUCAAUGUGUAUCGCCCACCGACAAACGAUAAAUUCAGUGUCUUUCUGAAAGAGUUUCAAAAGCUCUUGGAUGAGGUUUCUAAAACAUACAGCAGCAUCAUUGUGACUGGCGAUUUCAACAUCCAUGUUGACGAUAAAAAUAGUUCCUAUACUAAAAGAUUUUCAAAAUUUCUGAAGAAAAAUAAACUUCUUCAGCAUGUGAAGUGGCCAACACACCGGGACGGUCACACUCUGGAUCUGGUCCUCACCAGAAACGUUGAAAUCUCUGGUCUCUUUGUCUGGAAUGAGGGAGUCUCAGAUCAUUUCACCAUUAACUUUGAUGCAAAGCCAAAGGAAAAGGAUCAAGAUGAGUCAAAAGAAAAGAAUCAAGAUGAGUCAAAAGAAAAGAAUCAAGAUGAGUCGGCAAAACGAUUAAAAAAGAAGGAAGAGUAGAAAAUAUCUCAGGUUUAGGAAGACAGAGCAGAUUCAACUCUGGCCUUAAGAAUAUUAAGAAAGAACAUUUUAAAGUGAAUCUCCUCUAAGUGAAAAUAGCCUCUCUAGCUAGUGAUGGAUUUCCUAAAGUAACUGUGGUGGAUCUACAGGCCUACUGGUUUUACUGGUAAAUUAAUUUACUGCAAAGAUUUAAUUUCACCUGAUAAAACACUAUUUUUUCUUGAUUUUAUUUUUAAUAUUGAAACAAACAUGUUUCUAAAAGACAUGUAAUGAAAUAAGUCAGGAAGAAUAGGAUCUGAAACUGAAACCAAAGGUGAAGUAUUUGAGAAAGUACUCCAUAUAUCUGUAUUGUAUACUUGUAUAUAAGUUGUGUUACACGGAGCAGGUUGAGUGUGAGGCCGAAGCGUUUGGGGCUGCGGCCUGAUGAAGCUGAAGAGCUGCAGAAACACAAAGGCUUAAUGUAACAUGAGGACAGGAUGAUGAUGAAGCAGGAACAAAGAGUCCCGACGUGUCCUCCAGCUUCAGAAGGUUGUAGAUCCAGCUGUUGAUGACAUCUGGCUCACUUUUCGUCUCUCUGAAAGUCUAACGGGUCCCAGCAGCGACAGGCAGAGGCUGCAGAGAGCCGUCUGUUUUUAUGGGAAGUUCAAGUCAGGAGGAAACUGUCAACAUACUGAAUCAGAGUUCUGGUUUCCUGGUUCACUCUGGAAACAGCUGAAGGAACAUCAGAACUUCUGAACACUUUUUCUGACCUGGUACUUGGUUAAUAUUGUUGUUGACUAAAAAGAUUUCAUGGUUGCUGUUUAAAUUCUGACAAUGUGUUUGGAUGUGUGAACGAUAUCAGCAGGAUUCAGUAACUGGGAUCAUUUCUUCUCUCUGAAGGAGAAGAGCUCACUGACAGAUUCUGACAGGUCUGUGACCAACGUUUGAGAGAAACAGGCCUAGAAAGUCUUAGAUCUUUGAGUUCAGCUCACGAUGAAUGGGGGCAAAAAUAAAAGUGUUGCCUUUAUAAUUUUGUUCAGUGUAUAACGCGUGAUGUCAUCUGUAUAACGUGUGAUGUCAUCUCUAUAACGUGUCAUU